AUGCCACCUGCGGGCUGUGCGGCCCUCUGGGUGGCAAGUGACACUGCAACACAGCAGCAGCAGCAGCAGCAGCAGCAGCACUUGCACUCGCAGCAGCAGCAGCGGAAGAAGCAGCAGCGCUUACACUUGCAGCAGCAGCAGCGGCAAGAAGCUGGGUGCCGUCAGUCAGCAACAGAAAAGCGUGAGCAGCAGCAGCAAACUGCAGCAGCAGCAGCAGAAAAAGCAGCAAAACGCUAG